CCCGUAUGACCCAAAUAAGGCGGCAUGCGCUCGAGUCAGUCAGUGGACGGUCGAAGAGCGCUACGCUUGUGCGCACGCGUGGCACCGCGAACAAGUGACGCGCGGACUGUGCGCGCUUUCGGUACCGGUAAUCAUGGCGUCUCCCGCCAUGAGGGCCUCGAUCCUUAUUGGCCUAGUUGUGGCGUCGCACGCGCUCACCAUGGAUCAAGAGGCCACAAACAACGCGAUCGCUGCGGCGCUCUCGGCACAGAAUGGAGGGGAAGUAGCCAUCGUCCUCCGACCACAUGCCAAGGGUACCAGGAGGGCAGACUUGCUGCAUGUGAAGGGAGACGAAGAUGAUUCUGUCUCGCUCUAUUAUAAUAGGAAGAGCCAUAAGGUCUCACUGGAGAGCCUAUACGGCGGUCACCUGAAGUCGGUGUCAUGGCUUCUAGGGUCUGAUACCCCCAAGAGCGUGCUGACUCUUGUAGUGUCUCCGAACCAAGUGAAACUCCUCGUGGGAUGCAAACAUCUGCAUCAUCACUCGCUGCCUGGAAGAUACGACCUAUUGACGUUGCUGGCUAAUGACAAAUGUAAACUGUACCACGAAGAGAACGCCCCAGUAGAAAUCUACGGCAACGAGCGCGCAGCUCUCGACGCGCUCAACUGCAACUCCGACAACCCUCUCAUCAGCGCCGACAACUCCGACAUAGUUGACGUGCGGCACUUGGACGUCAUGCAGGGAGACGACUACCGCGCCAAUGCCAUUGACAACGGAGUGCUACCUACCCCAGGCCCGCCCAGGGGCGACAUACCCUCCACUGACAUCGAUUGCGAUGAUCGCGUCCUUCGGCAACUGGAGCUGCUCUCGCAAACGAUCAACAAGCUCCGCAACGAGAUCGCAGACCAGAAGGCCACGAUCGACGGCCUCAACCGCCAGCUGCGCGAGUGCUGCCACCGCCAGCCGGCGCCGCCGGAGCGCUGCACCGACUCUUCCUGCUAUCGCGGAGUGGAGUGCCGCAACACGGCGGCGGGCCCCGCGUGCGGCGCCUGCCCGCCCGGCACGGAGGGCGACGGGCGCCGCUGCCGCCCCGUCACCUGCGACACCCGCCCGUGCAACAAUGGUGAAUAUUGCACGGACACCGCGGAAGGAUUCCGAUGCGCCCGGUGCCCAGGUCGUCAGACCAGCGAUGGACAAACUUGCCGCACCGCCUGCAACCCCAACCCUUGCUUCGAAAGACGUGUGCCUUGUCAAGAUCUGCCCGAUGGAGGGUACCGCUGCGGGCCAUGCCCGUCUGGUUACCAUGGCAACGGCGUACAGUGCUUCAGGAGGGGUUGUUCUCAGAUCAAGUGUUUUGAAGGAGUCCAUUGCCAAGAAACAACCGCUGGUCCCCGCUGUGACCCUUGCCCUGGCGGCUACGAUGGAGAUGGCCAGCGCUGUGACCACAUCUGCGACACGAGAAGACCUUGCGGCGAAAGACGGUGUACUCCUCUAAGGGAGAGUCCGUUCUACGAGUGUGAGAGCUGCGGCAGGGGAUAUGAGUGGAAUCCUGAAAGCCAGCGGUGCGAGCACCUCUGCGAAACACGGAGGCCGUGCGGCGAGAGGCGGUGCAGCCCCCUCAGGGAGAGUCCAUUCUACGAGUGUGAGAGCUGCAGCAGGGGAUAUGAGUGGAAUGGUCACUCCUGCGUCGACAUGGACGAAUGUGAUCUCAUCCGUCCCUGUGACGAACUAGUCUCCUGUCGCAAUUUCGACGGUGGGUUCGAGUGUGGCCCUUGUCCUUACGGCUACACCGGCAGCCAGGGCUGGAGAGGCGCGGGCGAUGAGCGCAGGAAUGAACGAUGCGAGGAUAUUGAUGAGUGUGCAGAGGGACGGUCCAAUUGUCAGAGGGGGAGGCUGUGUGUUAAUACACCGGGUUCAUUCACAUGCGUGCCAUGUGGAGGAAACUAUUACGUGAACACAACCAGCUCGUGCUACGAUUCCGAUUACCUCCGGCGUUGCGAUGCCAACUACUGUAGGCAAUUCAAUGCUGUUUGCGGCUAUGGACAGAAGUGUGUGUGCGCUAUGGGUUACACCGGAAACGGAACCGUCUGCGGGCGUGAUUCAGAUCUGGACGGUUAUCCGGACCAACAACUCAACUGUCCUGAAGCUCGUUGCAAAGCCGACAACUGUCCACACGUAGCCAACUCUGGACAAGAGGAUGCCGAUGGAGACGGCUUAGGAGACUCUUGCGACCCUGAUGCGGAUGGCGAUGGAAUUAAUAACAAUCCUGAUAACUGCUGGCUCAAAUAUAAUCCGGACCAGAUGAACCGUGACGAAGACCGCAGUGAUCAGUUUGGUGACGCCUGUGAUAACUGCCCGCGACUGUACAACCCUGACCAGGAGGACACGGAUCGCGAUGGACUUGGAGACCUAUGUGACCCCGACAUUGAUAACGAUAGUAUCCUCAACCAAAUCGACAACUGCGUUAAGAAGUACAACCCUCUUCAAGAAGACAUGGACCAGGAUGGAAUCGGAGAUGUCUGUGACAACUGUCCUCGUGUCCGAAACCCUUCACAGGAGGACUCUGACAAAGAUGGCGUCGGCGAUUCCUGUGAUAGUGAUGUGGAUAGGGACUUUGACGGCGUGCAAGACGGUUUAGACAACUGCCCAAACACACCCAACAGCGACCAGUUGGACAACGACAACGACGGAAAAGGCAAUGCCUGUGACGACGACGACGAUAACGACGGGAUCCGGGACAUCGACGACAACUGCCCGCUGAUCCCUAAUAAAGACCAACUUGAUAGCAAUGGUAACCAAAUUGGUGACAAGUGUGAAAACGACUUUGACGGCGACAGCAUUGUCAACGACCAGGACAACUGUCCCAACAAUUCACAAAUAUACCGCACUGACUUCAGACAAUUCUUCCACGUUCGUCUGGAUCCUGAAGGCGAGUCCCAGCAAGACCCCAACUGGGAGCUGAGAGCUGAAGGCGCCGAAAUCAUUCAGACUUUAAAUUCGGACCCCGGUCUAGCAGUAGGCUAUGAGAGGUUCGGAGGCGUGGACUUCGAAGGAACCCUGUUUGUGGACACACAGAUUGAUGAUGACUAUGUUGGAUUUAUCUUUGGUUAUCAAAACAACAAACGCUUCUACGUGGUGAUGUGGAAGAGGAAAACGCAGACGUAUUGGCAGACGUCGCCAUUCCGAGCAGUUGCUGAGCCCGGCAUUCAACUUAAACUGGUCAACUCCAAGACCGGCCCUGGAAGGAUCUUGAGGAACGCGCUCUGGAAUACAGAAUCUACACCGGACCAGGUAAACAUAGCUGCUAUGGAAGACUCACGCAACAAAGGCUGGGAGGAGAAGACAGCUUACCGCUGGAGAGUGAUACACCGGCCCAAGAUCGGCCUCAUCCGCCUCAAGAUCUAUGAGCAGGACCAGCUGGUGGCCGACUCUGGCAACAUCUGGGACUACACGCUGAAGGGAGGCAGGCUUGGCGUGUUCUGCUUCUCACAGGAGAUGAUUAUUUGGUCGGAUCUCGUGUACAGGUGUAAUGAUAAAAUACCAACGAAUAUGGUAUCGGAGUUGCCUCAACGACUGCACGAUAAAUUCGAGGUAGACCACGAUUUUGUAUAUUUGUAAAUAAAACAUGUAACAAUAGUCGACAACUAGUUCCAUUGUAGUUUUAUAACAAUACUUACAACACAGUAUGUCGCAAGCUAGAAAUUAUGGUUCAUUCCUGGCCAUAAUAGUAUUUAAUAGAAUAUGUUUAUAGAUUAUAUCUGAAAUCGUGCCAUUUUCGUUAAUUAUAAUAAUUAACACUUUUAUGAGAAUUCAGAAUACUCUUCGAACGAAUCUUCCAAACUUAUCAUUAUGUAAUUUUUUGUAUGAGUAUAGUUAUGGGCAUCAUGAAACUAAAUGUACCUAAUAGAAGUGGAUGCCGAUUUUUAUCUGAAGUUUAAGUAUGUAUUUUUCUUGUAAAAGUAGUGGGCAAGUAUUUUGUAAUUUUUAUAUGAACGAGCAAACUACUCAUUAACUCAUAAGUAUAUAUCUAUGUCCUCUGAAUGUAUCUGUCUUGUAUUAAAAUGAUCCUUAAUGACAUCUGUAGUAGAUAUAUUUUUUGUGUUCAUUUUAUAAGAAUUGUAAGUAACUUUGCUAAGUAUAAGUUAAAAAUAUGUUAAUAAAUAUAUAUUUUUAUGAA